UUCGCGCUCGCGUUUGAACGACACACGCGCAGAACGAUGGCGUCGCACGUCGCACUUCCGUCCUUCGCUCGCUUUCUCGGUCACGUGGCAAGCGCAAACACGCCGCGCGCGGGAUCGCGGUUUGACGGUGUGCGGGGUCGAGAGGGGGGCAAGAUCCCAGCUCGGUGAACAGCUGACUCGGGAGUAGGGGGAAGCUACGAUAGUUUGGAGUUGGCGAAACGGAGAGAAUCGACCGCGAUCUCCCGGGAUCUGUUUGUCUCAGGCGAGCGUGCCGCACCCUCCGUGCCCCCUUCACCCCCACGAUCGACGUUUAUUUCAUUAUAACCGCGGAAGAUGUGAAAGGGGACACCGACCGCGCGAUCCCGGUCAGCUGUACCCGCCGCGUCGCGUUUCCCUUCCGCUCCGACGCGCGACGCGUACGUCUCUCUCGUUUCGGGUGCAGAAGGUGCGGGUCCGCGGGCCGCUAACGAGAGCGGCUCCGAGAGUCCUCGAGUCCCGUUCGUGCGAACGGGCUGUAAACGCGCUUCUUCGCGGCACGACGUGCGAGAGAGCGCGGCGCGGAGAAGCGAGAGAGGUGGGAUUCGUUACAAAACAAGGCCCGCGCGCCGCGCGCUUCACGAGGCGGAGCGUUAAAGAUGGAAGCGAUGAACGUGAGCUCGCAUCCCAGGAGAAUGCACAACAGUUACGAGGACGAGGAGGAGCGGAAGCACUUCCAGAGGAUCGUUUCCGCGUUCAGAUAUUACAAGACGCAUUCUCUGCUGAGAGUAAGAAAAACGGAGUCCUAUUUCCUUAGUCUGCCACAACAUCACCAGAAGCUUUUGUCGAAAUACAGGGAACACCUGCAAGAGGUCAAACGGUGUAUUGAAUACAAUGAUCAGAUCAUAAAGCUCGUGAUAAAAGAUGUGGCCCAUAUAUUCGAAAAUGUCUGUCCAAACACCGCACAAGUUGACAACACGAUAAAUCUAAGGCCUGUAAUGUCAGAUCAGGAGAAAGUGCAAGCUACCAUUAAGCAAUUGGUACGAGACUGGAGUGUGGAAGGUGCUGAGGAACGAAAAGCGUGCUAUCAGCCAAUCGUUGACGAAAUAUUAUGUCAAUUUCCAUCGGAGCUUUGUACGCCGUCGGACAUACAUAUUUUAGUACCUGGUGCCGGAUUGGGUCGUCUCGCCUUCGAGAUUGCGAAGCGCGGAUAUACCUGUCAAGGGAAUGAAUUUUCCCUGUUCAUGCUGUUUGCGUCAAACUUUGUAUUAAAUAAAUGUAGAGAUAUAAACUUGUAUAAUGUACAUCCGUGGGUGCACCAGUAUAUGAACAACUUGAAACCCGAGCAUCAAACGCAAGCGGUUUCCUUUCCCGACGUGAGCCCGAGCGAUCUUCCAGGAACCGCGCAAUUUUCUAUGACCGCGGGUGACUUCUUAGAGGUUUAUACGGAAAGCAAUCAUUGGGAUUGCGUUGCGACAUGUUUCUUUAUAGAUUGUGCUAAUAAUGUUGUGCAAUUUAUCGAGACAAUUUAUAAGAUCCUGAAGCCAGGUGGCGUCUGGAUAAAUCUCGGACCGUUGCUCUAUCAUUUCAGCGAUUUACCGAAUGAAGAGUCAAUCGAGCCGAGUUACGAGGCCAUCCGCGACGUCAUUCUGGGCUUCGGCUUCCAAUUGGAGAAGGAGCAGACAAAAGUGAAAACACGUUAUGCUCAGAACGUUAACAGUAUGUUACAGUGCGAAUACAAUAGCGUGUACUUUGUUUGUCGAAAACCUAACGGACAUGCAGACGGUGUAAAUCACAAUCAGAAUGGGGACGAAAUUAACAGUGUGCAAGAACAAGAGAACUGAUUAAAGCGUGGCGCUUUUUCUUCGGGAAGAGUUAAACGCUAAAAAGUUAAUUGUUUAAGUGCACCCGUGUUUCACGAACUUUUGCUGGAAAUGGUUCCGUGAGAUUAUGUAAUAUCCAAGAUUUAUACUUUUUCUUUCUUUUUUUACAUCUUUACCUGUCUCAAAAGACUCAUUUCGUACGAGCGAAUUUUCAAUGGUACUACGAGAAAUUGUCUUCACAACUUCAGUAAUGAUUUGAAGAUAAUAGACAAAUUAUUUUUUUAAAUUCA